UUAGCAAGCCGUGUGUGGAAAGAUGUCGGGAAACAAUGUGGGUGACAAAGUUGAUGCCAAUAGUACAUUAAACAGCAAAAAUAUUUCGCUUCCUAUGUCACGGGUGAAACUGAUCAUGAAAAGUUCUCCGGACGUUUCCAGCAUUAACCAAGAUGCUCUCUUCUUGACAACGAAAGCAACGGAACUUUUUGUCCAACACUUGGCGCAGUGUUCUUACAAAAACGGCUCUGGUAAAGAGAAAACCACGCUGGCGUACAGUGAUCUAGCAAAUGCUGCUGAGGAAUCGGAGACUUUUCAGUUUCUCACGGAUAUCCUGCCAAAAAAGAUUUUGGCAAGAGACUACCUGAGGUCGCUGGAGGAGAGGCAAGAAGACGGCGAUGACUAACCCAGAGUGGCAGACACUGAGAGAGCGGAGUGUUUCAGAUUUCCUAUUAACCUCCACUCUCCCGUUGCGUGUCUUCACGGCACAACCACUAUGUGACCAUGGUUAUAUCAGUUCGACCUGAAAGCACUGAACAUGAACGCAGCUCCAAAACUGGUUUGUCAGGUUUUAGACAAAUCAUGUGUUGUCCUCAGGGUUUUCUCCUCUGUUCUGCAUUGCCUCUUGAUAUGUAAUGGCAGAGCAUUUUAUGUUUUUUUUUUGUUUGUUUGUUUUUUUGCGCCGUCACAUGAAAUGAUUUGUUGGUCGACUGAAUUGAUUAACCACUGAUUGAUACACACGGCACAAAAAAAA